AUGUCGGGCGCGGUGGCGGCGGCGCGAGUGCUGCCGAAGGCGGUGACCUUCGUGACGGGCAACGCCAAGAAGCUGGAGGAAGUCCGUGCGAUUCUCGGCUCCUCCAUCCCCUUCCAGUCCCUCAAACUCGACUUGCCUGAGUUGCAAGGUGAGCCAGAGGACAUAUCUAAAGAGAAGGCCCGAAUGGCUGCAUCUCAGAUAAAUGGCCCUGUACUUGUCGAGGACACCUGUCUAUGUUUCAAUGCGCUCAAAGGUUUGCCAGGGCCCUAUAUAAAAUGGUUUCUAGAGAAGAUUGGGCAUGAAGGUUUGAACAAUUUGUUAAUAGCUUAUGAAGACAAAUCAGCUUUUGCUAUGUGCAUCUUUUCGCUUGCUCUUGGACCAGAGGAGGAACCGAUCACAUUUGUUGGAAAAACAGCAGGGAAAAUUGUACCUGCCAGAGGCCCUGCUGAUUUUGGAUGGGACCCUGUAUUCCAACCAGAUGGAUUUGAACAAACGUAUGCUGAGAUGCCCAAGUCAGAAAAGAAUGAAAUAUCUCAUAGGGCGAGAGCUCUUGCACUGGUGAAAGAGCAUUUCGCUUCUGCCAAUUAUGAAGUUCAGAGUGGCUUGAAUUCGUUUUCAAGCACCAAAUGA